AUGUUCCACACCAACACCACCAUUUUCUACCCAGAUACCUUUUUUCUGACAGGCAUCCCAGGACUUGAGGCUUUCCAUGGCUGGAUUUCCCUGCCCUUUUGCUCUGUUUACUUAAUGGCUCUGCUGGGCAAUGCUACAAAUCUACUGACAAUCUGGUCUGAGCAUACUCUUUGGGACCCUAUGUUCUACUUUCUAGCCAUCUUAUCAGCCAUAGACCUAGCUCUCUCAACAUCCUCAGUGCCUCGUAUGUUAGGUAUCUUCUGGUUUGAUGCACAUAAAAUUGGCUUUGGAGCCUGUGUAGUCCAGAUGUUUCUGAUACAUACCUUCACAGGAAUGGAGUCCACUGUGCUACUGGCAACGGUCUUUGACGGCUAUGUAGCCAUCUGUACACCACUCCACUAUACCUCUAUUCUGACACCCCGAGUGUUGGCAGGCAUUGGUGUGGGCAUUAUAUUGCACCCAGUCCUGCUCAUGUUGCCCAUUGUCUACCUAAACCAUCAUCUGCCCUUCUGUGAGGCUCGGAUUAUUGCCCACACCUGCUGUGAGCACACGGGCAGCAAGUUGGCCUGUGCUAGCAUUCACCUCAAUGUGAUUUAUGGGCUUUUUGUGGCUUCUUUUCUUAUUUUGGAUGUGACACUUGUUGGAAUCUCCUAUACCUGCAUUCUCCAAGCUGUUUUCCACCUCCCAUCUCAAGAAGCUUGUCAUAAAGCACUGAGCACGUGUGGCUCACAUGUUGGGGUGAUGUGUGUUUUCUAUACACCCUCUCUCUUCUCCUUCUUCACCCAUCGAUUUGGCAAAAAAAUUCCCCAUUAUGUCCACAUUACUGUUGCCAACCUCUAUGUGGUCAUUCCACCUGCCCUCAAUCCUAUUAUCUAUGGUGUGAGAACCAAGCAGAUUCAUGAGCAUGUGGUCCAUACUUUCACCUCAAGGUAA